AGAAGAUGUGGGGAAUGACUAGAAUGAACAUUGCAAACGAAAUCUCCGCCCACCCUUAUCGAUACGAGGGUAUUUUCAUUGAUGGGUUGCAAGCGGCCAUUACACGUAUUAGCUGGGAAGGCGGAGAGUGUGGCCCUAGCUACUGGAUGCAGGUAUUGGAUGACUUGUUCCCUAUUGCCACUAUCUUCAAUGCAGCUGUUAUUUACAUACAAGGCGGGACGCUACAACAGACGCGGUUCUCUUCGUUUACUGUUCUGCCUUUGCAUUCCUCUGAGGUUCACUCACGACCAUCGAAGGAGAUAGUGAUAUUGUAUAUUAGUGGACGCGCUCAUUUUGUUAGGUUGAAUUUGCAGGAUAAUUUUCCUGUCCCACCAAUUCCCACCCUGUGGUUCCAGCACAGGGACCAUACUGUUCAGUCUUGGCAUACUUUAUAUGCUAAUAGGAGAGAGCAAUGGGAUAGUUUGAUAGGUAUGGCAGAUUGAGUUGAUUGUAAAAUGUUUAUUCGGUAAUUAUGCUGAUUGUGUGUUUUAUUAUUAUACGUGUAAUAUUUUUGAACUCCA